CGGGGGACGUGGUCUCAGGGCCGAGGCUGGGCUAUAUAAGGGGGCGAGUUUCGCUGUCCAGUUGUCACCUCUUCUGGUCAUCAUCCACUUGGCUCCUCCUCCCCUUCACAAGGUCCCCGAAUCAAGGUUCUCUCAGUCAUCAUGGUCAAGGUCGGAGUCAAUGGGUUCGGCCGUAUCGGGCGUCUGGUGACACGCGCCGCCAUCCUGCGUGGGAACGUGGAGGUGGUCGCCAUCAACGACCCCUUCAUCGACCUCAACUACAUGGUUUACAUGUUCAAGUACGACUCCACACACGGGCGCUGGAAGGGAGACGUGAAGGCGGAGGGAGGCAAACUGGUUAUUGAUGGGCACGCCAUCACCAUCUUCCAGGAACGUGACCCGAGUAACAUCAAGUGGGGCGAGGCUGGUGCCACGUACGUGGUGGAGUCCACCGGAGUGUUCACCACCGUGGAGAAGGCAUCGACUCACCUGAAGGGCGGUGCUAAGAAAGUGAUCAUCUCGGCUCCAUCGGCUGACGCGCCAAUGUUCGUGGUGGGAGUCAAUCACCAGAAGUACGACCCAGCCGUGAACGUCGUCAGCAACGCUUCCUGCACCACCAACUGCCUGGCCCCGCUCGCCAAAGUCAUCAACGACAACUUCGUCAUCCUGGAGGGGCUCAUGACCACGGUGCACGCCUACACGGCCACCCAGAAGACAGUGGACGGCCCCUCGGGCAAACUUUGGCGUGACGGGCGCGGCGCUCACCAGAACAUCAUCCCGGCCUCCACCGGGGCCGCCAAGGCCGUCGGCAAGGUCAUCCCUGAGCUCAACGGAAAGAUCACGGGAAUGGCGUUCCGCGUGCCGACGCCCAACGUUUCGGUUGUGGACCUCACCGUGCGCCUGGAGAAGCCGGCCACCUACGAUGCCAUCAAGGCCAAAGUGAAGGAGGCUGCCAACGGACCAAUGAAGGGAAUCCUGGGCUACACGGAGGACCAGGUGGUGUCAACCGACUUCAAUGGCGACACUCGCUCCUCCAUCUUCGACGCUGGUGCCGGCAUCGCCCUGAAUGACCACUUCGUCAAACUCGUCACCUGGUACGACAAUGAGUUCGGCUACAGUAACCGCGUGGUUGACCUCGUGCUGUACAUGGUGAGCAAGGACAAGUGAGGAGAGCCACCUCGGGAUCAACCCUCACCACCCCCUCACCCCUCCACUCCCCCCUCACCAGCUGUGGAUGCUCACCCGAUCGCUCGCACACUCACUCACUCGCUCACCCACUCACC